CAGAUCUUGAGCCGCUCACCCAGGCCUUCCGUCCUCGGCGAGACCAGACCCUGAGUGAAGAUCGCAAUUGGUCAAUAUCCGCCAUGCCGUUCCACGGCCGCCCAUCGGACGCUUGUGAUCCCUGCCGAAAGGGAAGAUUGAGAUGUAAUCGCAUCCGGCCAUCUUGCACCCAAUGCAUACGUAAAUCCAUUAUUUGUUUCGGUUACAGGAACUGGGAAAAGAACGGGGAGCCCUAUCUUCCAAUCCCUCCGAACCAAACGCAUGAGCAUGAAUCGAUUGCUAUUACUGAAGUGAACACUUAUGUUAUACCCUCGCCGUCAUCUUCUCUUACGCCUCUAUAUAAAGAUUUGGCUAUCGGUUAUUUCAUGUUAUCUUAUAUCCGAGGGUCGCCAUUUUACUAUAUAACUGAGAUAGAUAACCCCGCAGUAUUAACCGAGCAGGAUUCUGUUUUCUUAACCGUCCUGGCUGCCUUAUUUGCAAGCCUCUCGCUUUAUAUUGGCAAUACCCUCACCCAAAUAAACAUAAUUCUUGCUUCGCUAAAUACAGCUAUCCUUAAUAGCAGCCUUAUUUCUGUCCUUAUACUAGAACUCGGCAAACGGCUAUUCUUGCAGAUAUAUAAUAAUAUCCGCAUCCCUAUACCGGACGAGUUCUUGAUGCCUCUUAUGCGGCUUGGCCCGUUACUUGACAAAAUGGUUAGCUUGAAAAGUAUAGCCGGAGUAAUUUAUAAAUACCGUACGGCCCGGUACUGGAAUAUUCUCCGGCUUAUACGGUUAUUUAUAAAUAAGGUAGUCUGGCACUUUGCCAAGUUUGUUGCGAGAGCCAAGGAGCAGGAUAAUCCUGAGAUAUUCCGAUACUACAAAGAUAUUGAUAUAGAAGCUCUUCAGGCCGUAGCUGAAAUCAACCGCACCCAGGUCGUAACUAAUAUACUCGCGAGUAUACCGCAUUUCCUUAACAAGGAUGGUUCGACCUUUGCUCUAGCCGUACGCUUUUUGAUCUGGCCGCUGACCAUGGUGGCGGAGAGGGGGUCGCCGCCGCCGGCCCGACAGUGUGCUAUCUGGUGUCUGCGUGAGAUAGCGAGGCAGGCGAGGGUCCCGCCGGCGUUAUACGCUGCAGAAGCAGUUGAGUCCGGAUCCCCUACUGAUUGGAUGCAUUUAUUUCAACUUGGGUAA